AUGUCGUUCGACACACAAACUCCGCCUUUCAAUGCCUCCGAUCCUUACGCGCGUUUCCUCGGCGCAUCAUGCCUCGAUUUGCUUUUAAUAGAGAUUGUGCCUAUGGCGGAAAGGCUAGCGUCAGAGUUUACGCUCACAGAAGAAAAGGAGAAAUCAGAAGAAGAUGAAUUACGGGAGGCUACCUUUUAUCGGUUGGAUUCGUUGGGUUAUCGAGUGGGACAAGGUCUUGCUGAAAGAUUCUCACGAGAUCGACCUCGGUUUGCAGACAAUCUGGACGUGAUUAAAUUUGUGUGCAAGGACCUGUGGACAAUUUUGUUUAGGAAACAAAUUGAUAACCUAAAGACAAAUCAUAGAGGCGUCUAUGUCUUGACAGAUAAUGCGUUUCGACCACUGGCGAAAAUGAGCAUGUCAGUCAGAAGCGAAGCAGUAUCUCGAGCGGAAGCGUUUCUUUGGUUUCCUUGUGGGCUUAUUAGGGGAUGCCUGGCGAAUCUUGGUAUCAAUGCCACUGUGCAGGCGGAGACAUCAGAGCUUCCAGGGGCUACGUUUCAAAUCAAAGCUACGCAGGUGAAGACAUGA